CUUAGAUUCUCUGGAAUUGGAGUUAUGGAUGGUUGGGAGCCACUGUAUGGGUGCUAAGGACUUAACCACGGAACCAACCAUCUAUCCAACCCCUCAUGUAUUUUUUUUUUUCAAGACAGUAUCACUGUUCUGGACUCACUAUGGAGAUCAGGCUUGCCUCUGCCUCCCAUGGGCAAGGAUUAAAGGACUGCACCAGUAUACAACAAAACACCUUGUAAAAUGCAUGGGAUGUUUCUUUUGUGUGUCUAAUAUAGGGGUCUUCCAGAGAAUGGUAAAGUAUAAAAAGCAUUUCUUGUUUUUCUUGGUGCGUUUGGAGUGGGUAUGAGAAAGGUUAAAGUAAACUGUACUCCAUUUUUUUUUUUUCCUUCCAGGGUCUGACAAUUCUGGACACCAGCAUCACAGUUCAGUAUUGCUAGAUGUUUUGGGGUUGCUCUCCCUUGGUAUUACUGAGGAGACUAGAUGGUCCUCUCUGCCAGUUGCUUGGAGUGUUGGAAGACCAGAACUUUCCACGAGGCUGGUGGGCGGGACAGGAGCAACAUCUCUUUGUGAUCUUCUCAACAUGGAUACAAGCAGCAGCGAGGACUGUGAGCCCUAUGUGCCUGAAUUGUCAGAGAAAAGGUCCAGCUGUGUGGUGAUUAACUCUGAUUCUGACUCUGCCCGUGAGGAAAAGAGAGCUAAGAUCUGUGAAAUAAGCAGUGAAGAUGAGUCGUCUUCUGAUGAGUCUUCUUCUGAUGAGUCUUCUUCUGAUGAGUCCUCUUCUGAUGAGUCCUCUUCUGAUGAGUCGUCUUCUGAUGAGUCUUCCGACACUGGGGACACAGGCGCUCAGAAGUCUUCAGUAAUUGUUAUCGAUGAUGAAGAAGAUGGCAAUCCCCGUUUGAGGGUUUCUGAGAAGAUAAGAAUUGAUACUAGUGAUGAGUGCCAACUGCCUGUGCUCCAAAAAAAGGUGGUUGAAUGUAUUGAUUCUGAGCCCAUUUCACUUGAUGAUGAUUUUGAAAUAGGGGAUCUUGGUGAAAGUUCCAACAAACCACCACCAGAGCCCCAGCCCCAGCGGGAGCCCGAGCAGGAGCCCCAGCAGGAAGCCGAGCCUGAGCGGGAACCCCGGCAGGAGCCCGAGCUGGAAGCCCAGCCUGAGCUGGAACCCGAGCGGGAGCCUCAGUGGGAACCCGAGCGGGAGCCUCAGUGGGAACCCGAGCGGGAGCCUCAGUGGGAACCCGAGCGGGAGCCUCAGUGGGAUCCCGAGCGGGAGCCUCAGUGGGAUCCCGAGCGGGAGCCUCAGUGGGAUCCCGAGCGGGAGCCUCAGUGGGAACUCGAGAGGGAGCCUCAGUGGGAACUCGAGAGGGAGCCUCAGUGGGAACUCGAGAGGGAGCCUCAGUGGGAACCCGAGCAGGAGCCCGAGCCCGAGCAGGAGACCCAAACUGAGCCUAUGUUCGAGCAGGAGACCCAACCCGAGCCUAUGUUCAAGCAGGAGACCCAAACUGAGCCUAAGUCCGAGCAGGAGACCCAAACCGAGCCUAUGUUCAAGCAGGAGACCCAAACCCUGCCUAAGUCCGAGCAGGAGACCCAUCCCGAGCCUAUGUUCCAGCAGGAGACCCAACCCGAGCCUAUGUUCGAGCAGGAAACCCAACCCGAGCCUAUGUUCCAGCAGGAGACCCAACCCGAGCCUAUGUCUGAACAGGAGACCCAAACCGAGCCUAUGUUCGAGCAGGAGACCCAAACCCUGCCUAAGUCCGAGCAGGAGACCCAACCUGAGCCUAUGUUCGUGCAGGAGACCCAACCCGAGCCUAUGUUUGAGCAGGCGACCCAAACCCUGCCUAAGUCCGAGCAGGAGACCCAACCCGAGCCUAUGUUCAUGCAGGCGACCCAACCCGAGCCUAUGUUUGAGCAGGAGACCCAACCCGAGCCUAUGUUUGAGCAGGGGACCCAACCCGUGCCUAAGUCUGAGCAGGAGACCCAAACCGAGCCUAAGUCCGAGCAGGAGACCCAACCCGAGCCUAUGUCCGAGCAGGAGACCCAACCCGAGCCUAUGUCCGAGCAGGAGACCCAACCCGAGCCUAUGUUUGAGCAGGGGACCCAACCCGUGCCUAAGUCUGAGCAGGGGACCCAACCCGUGCCUAAGUCUGAGCAGGGGACCCAAACCGAGCUUAUGUCUGAGCAGGAGACCCAAACCGAGCUUAUGUCUGAGCAGGAGACCCAAACUGAGCCUAAGUCUGAGCAGGAGACCCAAACCGAGCCUAUGUUCGAGCAGGAGACCCAAACUGAGCCUAAGUCUGAGCAGGAGACCCAAACCGAGCCUAUGUUCGAGCAGGAGACCCAAACUGAGCCUAAGUCUGAGCAGGAGACCCAAACCGAGUCUAUGUUCGAGCAGGAGACCCAAACUGAGCCUAAGUCUGAGCAGGAGACCCAAACCGAGCCUAUGUUCGAGCAGGAGACCCAAACUGAGCCUAAGUCCGAGCAGGAGACCCAAACCGAGUCUAUGUUCGAGCAGGAGACCCAAACUGAGCCUAAGUCCGAGCAGGAGACCCAAACCGAGUCUAUGUUCGAGCAGGAGACCCAAACCCUGCCUAAGUCGGAGCAGGAGACCCAAACCGAGCUGGAGCCCCAACUUGAGCGGCAACCCCAACUCGAGUGGGAGCCCCAACCCGAGCAGGAGCCAGAGCUCGAGCAAAAUGUUACAGCUGAAGGCAAGGAGAGAAAGGCUGCAGCUCUGCUGGCCCAACAAAGAAAGAAGAGAAAAAAUAGGUUUAUAUGUAUGGCACCUCCUAAGUCACGUAGGAAACGUCGUAGGGUUGUCCCACAGGAUUUGCCCAGUCUACCAAGUGCCUCUGCAGAGCCUAGUCCUCCUGAUGAGCCCACAUCAUCAGAGCAAUCUGAUCCUCCUGCUGAAUGCAUGCCAUUAAAGAGCCCCAAACGCAAAAGGGGGCGCCCACGCAAGGUAGAAUGAGCUUUGUGCAAACGGGGUUGGGGGCUCCCAUGUCCAUCUUUUUUACAUUCCAAUAUGAUAGCAUUUACUCUUAAAUAUCUCUGGAGUGCUUUUUCCCUGAAAUACCUGUCCCGAGGACAUCCUGGGUCAUCAUCCUCAACAUGCCCUCAUGACUGGCUAAUUGUUAAUUCCUCUAUGCAGCCAUAAGUUAGAAUGGCUCCCCCCUCCUAGGUUCCCAGUUUUAGAGUUUUAUCAAGUGUGUAACAUGUUGCUGAAUUUGUCCCCUCAGUAGUCUGUUCAUAAGAGGACUCUUAAUGAUUUAUUCUCUUGAGGGUCUAGCCUUAUGAGUCGCAUGUAA